AUGUCACAUUCUGCUCAAGAGCUAGCGGCACCCCUCAGCCUGAAUCGGCAGCAGUCCCAGCCGAAUCUCCGCUCCCACGAAUCGGUGCGGUGGGUAUCACCGUACAUCGCAAUAUGGUCAAACCUCGCUGUGUUAGUGUUCCUCUGUAUGACAACCAGGAGGUUUGAAGAAGUCGGCACAAUUACCUACGGAAAGCAGCAGGACCUGGGCGAAGACGGCUGGCACGAUGACAAGACUAAGAACAUUCGCCUCACCUUCGAUGUCGGCCGUGGCGAAGUUGCAAGGGCCUGGUUUUGCUGCGGUGGCGGGAAGUGCCAAGAGGCUGAAAUGCGACCAGAGGAGCACUCGAAGCAACUCACUUGGACCCAUGGGAUUCCGGAGACCCAGUUCGGUAGCAUGUGCCAGCUUAGCCUCUUCGGCCUUCAGACAGGACGAUACAAUUUCAAAGUGCUGGCAGUCAAAUCCUUGCCUGAACCUGUUGUGGAUGGCAGCGCUUUGCUCGACGGCAUGGAGCCUGCCACAUGGCAGUGGUCUCAACGUGAGUAUGUGCAAAUGGUGGUGGUGCAGGAUGUGCCAGGGGCGACCGUGUCACUAAUGUUGAAAGCACGUGUCCACCCCACGCUUCACUGCGAGGGUCGGCGAGGCUCCGCAGGCGAAUUUUCCACGGCUAACAUCACCGCUGUGGAAGAUGGAUGGAAAGGAGUGCUGCAAACCGUCAGCAUCAACCGAAACAGCAGCAGAGCCUCAUGGAGUACCCAGCUCGUACUGAGGAGUGCCGCAGGCAAGGAAACGGCAAUGGUCACAUACAGCUUCCAGCUGACCGUGCUGUCGGUCAGUGAGUACAUCAAGGAGCUGAUAGAGCAGGUCGCUAGCCUGCAGCGACAGAUGGCCCUUCCAGGGUCUAUUGAGGGUGGUAGCCAAGACCAGCUGGGUGAUGAACUCGACAAAUGGACGUUGAGACGGAACUUUUUCCUGGAGCAAGCCUGGAGCCUGCAACAGAGUGAGUCGCCUCGCCGUGACACCUCGCCUGGCAACUUGACUUUUGUUACCCUCGGCCUUACAGGCACUGGAAAAUCAGAGCUUUGUCGCUGGAUGACCAGGAAUGAAGAGCAAUGCAAGACAGGCUCGGAGAUGGAAUCGCACACGGCAGAUGUCAUCACCGUUCUGGGACAUGCCUUCGGAGAUGACACCCAGCCGUUCAUCGAGUGGAUCGACACCCCUGGGCGUGGAGAUACAAAUGGCCCAGCACGCGACGAUGAGCUUUGGAGGCAGACUAAGAACAGCCUUCUGGACAUAUGCCAGGACGGGAGACCCAUCCACCGAAUCGCGUGGGUGGUCAAUGCUCGCUGGCAACGAGGCACUACCGAGCGAGAGAAUAUUUUCCGCCAACUUCGCAAUACCUUCGGGUUCCACCUGUACAAACACCUCGUCAUU